GUCCGUUGCUAAGCAUUGCGAGCAUGGGCCGGGCAACAGUAGACCCACAACAGGCGCAGAAGGCUUGCGAUGCGGUCCGCAGUGGUCAGUUGUCUCUCAGGGCUGCUGCCAAGGCCUACGGGGUGAACAAGGACGCGCUCUCGCGACGUUUGAGCGGUGCUAUGGCCAUGGAUGCGAGGGUUGGCCCCGAGACUGUGCUGAGCAAGGCGAAAGAAGAUGCGGUGGAAGAUGCGUUGAUCUACGCUUCUCGACACUUCCUGAGUUUCGGUCGGCAGCAGCUCAUAGAUGCGGUGCGAGUGCUCUGCCUCGACGGACGCCCGGUGCCCAGGGACUCAGAUAAGGGCCCGGGGCGCAGCUGGCUUGACGGCUUCAUGGCGAGGCACCCGGCGUUGUCGGAGCGAACAACUCACAUUUACGAGCCAAACCGGAUCAAAACUGCCUGGAUCAAUCCCAUUUUUUUUUUCUACGUAGACAUGAGUUCAAGCAGAGCGUGUACGAAAAAAACCAGGCCUUGAAACGCCUUAGAUCUCGCCCAAUCACCACAUCUUUAAAGUGUCUCUUAACGGGGGCAGAGGUGUUUUUCGCCGUAUUAUCCCGGAACAAUUACGGGUAUAACAGGAGCCAUAUCUUCCCAGCAGCUUCGAUUUUUUGUUUGUUUUUUUCUUAGGAGGUAGCCUGUGAUGUUAGCUAUCGUACGAUAUCUCGACAUCAAUAAUAUUCGUAAUUGGUACAUUUUUUUCGCUCUACACUUUUCAGUGUAUUUUUUCGUACAACUACAACCAACCGUCCAGGGUCACCAGGAGGGGGUAAACACAAGGACUUUUUUCUUCUUUUUACUUGGUAUUUCUUUUCGUGCCCCACCUUCCUCCUGCGGUGCGUGCUGAUUUUUUUUUUUAUCGCGAGAAAGGUCCAGCCGUCCCUGUCCCUCGUCAACGGUGCUAACGUCGAAGUUUGGUACUCACGAGAGCUUGUCAGCUACAUUUCGCUUUCACCCGCACAUUUCGUAAAAUUUUCACCCCAUGCGGAUUAGA